GCGAAGGGCAAAUAAUUUCCAUGAUAUUUAAAUUGAGUGAAAAUGAAUUGCUAAUUUUUUGACUUUGCAAGAUUAUUACUUUUAACAAGUCCUAAGAACUUCAACACAUAACCAUUAUCUGUUCAUUUUUUUUUUUCAGAAAUUACUCUAUGGUUGGGCAAAUAUUAAUGCACAUAAAUAUAUAUGUUUUGAAUAGAUAAGGAACACUUUGGAGAAGGAGAUAAAUAUUUCAUUUCAUAAGGGGACAAUUAAAAAGCAGAGGGCAAAAAUUCUUAUAAAAGCUUUAAAUGAAGGAUUAAGCAACUUUUAGAAAUAUUCUGGUUAAUUUUAAGGAGAGUAAGAGCAACGAAAUCAAAGUCAAUAGCUUUAAGAUUAGAGCGAUAAAUAAGCUGAAAAAGUGUCAGCAGCAAAAUAAUAGCAAAAACGAAUUAAGCAUACAAUUCUGAUUAAAAUGAGUUUGCUUGUAUAUAAAAAAUUUAAUGAACAUAAUGUGCGUCAAUUUAACAGAUGAAAAUAUCUUAUUCAAAGAUUCAAAUUCCAGGAUUCAUGGCAACUGAUAUUUAGAUUAUUUGGAAGGCUAAUAAUUUCAUGAUGAAAGAGCCUUGAAAUUAAAAAACUAAAGCAGAAGUUAAAAUGCAUAAAUUAAUACUAUUUAGAAAUAUAUGGUUUUAUUAAUUAUUAUGAUUGAUUUAACUCG